ACAUCGAAUGCAGCUCGCCAUCUCCACUCCUCAUCCCUCCCCUCUCUCCGACUUCAGCCAGGAGUAGCAGCAGCUCAUUCGUCCUUUCAUUCGAUCUGUAGGCUUUACUUUGACGACUCUCCUGCAACCGUAGGUUUGUUCGGGCUCCUCUGGUUCGAUCGAUACCAUUUUGCUCUUUUUAUCGUCGCGAGCCGUAGAGCGACCGAGGCAGAGGAGGACCGUGUGACAUAUUUUUCCCUCGUUUGUUUGUUUUUCGAGAACCCUUAGAGGUUCGGCUUUGUUAGAGGGAUUUCAUGAGCGGGAUCUUGUGAUCCGGAGCGAUCUUGGAAGAUCGGGAAGCCUGCACAAGGAUGCAAAUUGAGUGAUUGGAGGCUUGCUGCACGGCUGAAUAGGAGGGAGGGAUAGGAGGGGCCGCGGGAGGGGAUUGAGCAGGGCGUCAAGAAUGAGCAGCACAGGAUCUGCUGCCCAGGGACCUGGGAGCAAGAGGCAAGGCGGGCAAGCUACCACUCCGAAGCGUCCUGGCGUAGCAAGAAAGAAACCUCCGUCUGAAAAUGGCGGGGCUAGGAAACCAGGCGGAGCAGGAAGGCCCUUAACCUCGCCUGGGGAGCGGACUGUGAAAAGGUUGCGGCUUUCGAAGGCGCUUACUAUACCAGAUGGCACAACAGUCGCAGAUGCCUGUCGCCGGAUGGCCACCAGAAGAGUAGAUGCAGCCCUGCUCACUGAUGCGAGUGCUUUGCUCUGUGGAAUUAUCACUGACAAGGAUGUGGCAACAAGGGUUAUCGCUGAGGGCUUUAAGCCUGAAGAGACCUCAGUAUCCAAAGUAAUGACAAGGAAUCCAAUAUUUGUGAUGGGGGAUACUCUUGCGGUAGACGCAUUACAGAAAAUGGUCCAAGGGAAAUUUCGGCAUCUUCCAGUCGUUGAGAAUGGUGAAGUAGUUGCUCUUCUGGAUAUCACCAAGUGCCUGUAUGAUGCGAUUGCAAGGAUGGAGAGGGCAGCAGAAAAAGGAAAUGCGAUUGCAGCUGCUGUAGAGGGUGUUGAACGCCAAUGGGGCAACAAUGCCAACGCGGCACCGUCCAAUUUUAUCGAAACGUUGCGAGAGCGAAUGUUUCGCCCUACAUUAGGAUCUCUGCUCAGUGAAGGAGUCAAAGUUGCCACUGUUGGGCUUUCCGACACAGUUUAUACUGCAACAAAAAAGAUGCGUGACUUGCGUGUCAACUCGGUUGUCAUCACUACCAACAAUAAGCCUCAGGGCAUUCUCACAUCAAAAGAUGUGUUAAUGCGAGUAGUUGCCGUGGGUCUUCCACCUGAUACUACACCGGUCGAGAAGGUCAUGACUCCCAAUCCGGAAUGUGCUUCGUUAGACACGACCAUCGUUGAUGCAUUGCAUACGAUGCAUGAUGGCAAAUUUUUGCAUCUUCCGGUGGUCGAUAGAGAUGGUCAAGUGGUGGCAUGCGUAGAUGUCCUGCAGCUCACACAUGGCGCUGUUGCAACGGUGGGGAGCAACACAAAUGGUGGUGCCGCAGAUGUGGGGGGUACAAUGUUACAGAAAUUUUGGGAUUCGGCUCUAGCUUUAGAGCCUCCAGAAGAUGAUGACGACACUCACAGUGUGACUGCUAGCGAUAUUUCUGCGAGGCAUGCGGCUUCAGACAUGUACGGGUCAGAAGCAGGACGUCAGAAUUACCCAUCUCUCGGGAUGGGAAACGGGAUGGGAAACACAUUCUCAUUCAAGCUGGAAGACCGAAAGGGCCGUGUUCAUCGUUUUAACUGUGGAACCGAGAGUCUGACAGAGCUUAUCUCUGCCAUAGUACAGCGCGUAGGUGAUGAUGUUGAUUUAAAUCAACUUCCUCACAUCAUGUAUGAAGACGAUGAGGGGGAUCGGGUACUGUUGGGAAGUGACAGUGAUUUGGUUGCCGCAGUGAAUUUUGCAAGGAUAUCUGGUUGGAAGGGUUUGAGACUUUACCUGGAUUUACCGCACUUUGCUCCGAGAAAAUCCCGAAGAGGCGUGAUACUUUACUCCCAUGAAGAGAACUUCAAUCUCAAACAUGCAGCUGCAGUGGCAGCAGUCGCAUUCCCUGUUAUGGGUCUUAUUGUAUACAUGUGGAAGUCAAAAGCAGACAUGCCUCCGCCCAAAUGGGGUAAGUAAGCAUGGCAAGUUUGAAUCGGCUCCACAUAAUGAGUCUUAGGAGUUACCACACUUAUUUUGCAGUAAUAGUUGAAGAGGCCCUGAUCACUCACAUAAUCCAUACAACAUGAUUGUCUAUGUUGUGAUCCAUACGUAUCUGAUUUGUGCGACUUGGUGACAACCUGGGUUGAGUUAACAAGCUGAGACAGGACCCUGUAUUCUUUGCCAUAAUUACAAUCAGCUGAUCAUCAGUAAUCUAUCUCGAUCUGAAGGGAUUGUUGAUUUGACGUGGAUUGACUGAGCAACUUUUUGUAUAUACAAGGUGAGCAUGUGAGAAAGGAGUCCGCAUAAUGUCAGGUGUCGGUGGGCCUCAUCGUUAGACCCUUUUUUGUUCAGUUGAAUGCGUUCAUUGGACUCUCGAGCUCAUGGAAAUAGAUCAAGUCUGAAAAGCUUCACGUGUUUCUACACCGCCAGGUGCAUCGUUGUACUAUUGAAGCUACCAUGAUUGAAAAGUAUGAAAUUUUGGUUUUGUUG